GCCACACGUAUGCGUCCAAGCGUGGGCUUAGAGCAUUGAGUAUGUAUGAUUGCUCUGGACGCAGAAGGACAGGUUGGAACGCGAAAUUGCGAUCAAUUGCCCGACCCGAGAGCACGCUAUCGCUGUGCCCUUGUGGACGUAGCAUCGCCAUAUACAAUAAUAAGGCCGAAUUUUGCGUGCUGAGGGUCGCAAAACCACUUUAGGGCGACGAUCAAGUUCUCCUGGGCAGAUUACCACGCGGCAUUUGCAUUAUCCAGUUUAUUAUCGCAGUAAGCUGCAAAUCUAUUGCUAUGGAACGCGAGACCCAUACGAAGAAGGCGCCCCGACGCCAGUCACCAGACAAAGUACACAUGCCUGGCGUUAGUUCGAGUUUCUGGUCGCAAACUGGUGAGCCAGAAGCGGGGCUACAUACUCUGAAACGACAAUAAUUAGACAGGUUGCACCUUGCGCAAGUUUGGUGCUGCACCCUUGCUGCCUCCCUUGCCGCGACGAAGCCGCUACGGGGAUCCGCCCGUAUCGCAUUCCCGGUCGCGACCAGCAGGCGCAGUCCACAGUUCAUUCCAAGGAAUUCUUGUAAACUGCACACAAACUAUCAUUUAUCAAUAACUGCUGAGGUCUAUUGACACGGACCGCCGAGCGACUGCCGCUUUGACUUUCGGAGAAGGCGAUUUCAGCCCAAUUUGCCUAAUUGAAGCCUACUUCGCAUAGACGCUCGAAUGGUGGCGAGCUAUCAAGCGCAGGGCUCGGAGGCUGUGAGCGGGUCGGAAGCCCUAAAGCCAGCCCAAGGAGGAGCUGCUGUGCGUCUUGUGCCACGGCUGACCCUCGGCGCGAUUCCGGUCGAGCCCAUGGUGGAAGACGCCACUGCGACCAAGUACGCCUCGCCGCGCCCCGCCGAGCUGGGCGCCAGCGCCCCAGGGGGCGGCCCAGCUGCCGCCGUGAACUCUUGCACCGUGGACUGCUGCGCGCCCAACAACAUCAGCGCGCCCUCGCCGGUCGCCUCGCCCCGCCCAGCCGAGGAUGAGUCCUCCGCCACCACCGCCACCGCUGCCGCCGCCGCUGCGGUUGCCGCCGCUGCUCCUGGCGCCGCUGCUGAUGAGGCCGCUACUGCUGCCGCUGCGGCACCCACUGCCGCACCGCCAACCGUCGCCUCGCCGCAGCAGCAGUGCCAAGCUCUGCGCCAGGGCAUCGAGCUCGUCUCCAAGGGCCACCUGAAACAGGUCCCGUGCGAGCACGUCACCCUGGUCUACCAGCAUGUCAUCCAGGAGGUCCGCGACCCCAUCACCGGACUCGCCAGCGUCCGCGAGGUCCGCGCCGGGGCCCUGCUGCCGGUGGCCGCCGCCGCGGCCGCGCCGCAAGCAGCCAAGGCCGCGGCCGCCGCCGCCGCCGCCACCACCACCGCCGCAGCCGCCACUGCUGGCGGCGGCGCCACGGGCAAGUGCGGGCAGUACACGGAGGUGGUGAUCAAGGCCGUAACGCUGGAGCUGCAGCCCCAGGAGGCGGAGGUGCUGGCGGCUGCCGGCGGCCUGAUCCCCGCACAGCUCAAGCCGGCUGUGAUUGACGCGCUGAAGACCAGCCUGGCCAACACCCAGCGCCGCGAGGCCGAGCAGCUGCGGCUGAUAAUGGCUGCAGCAGGAGGAGGACGCGGAUGCGGAGGCGGCGCCCCCGCCACACCCGCCGCCGCCCCCGCCGCCGCCGGUGACGACCUGGCCGCCGCCCUCAGCUUUGCGCCGCUGCUGGGCUAUGAUGUGGUGUUUGUGGCGCCGCGUGUCUUCGUGUUUGUGACCUUCUGGGAGAUGCUGGACGUGGCGCCGUCACUGCUGCCACCGCCGCCGCCGCCGCCGCCGGCUGCGCCCCAGCAGCAGCCCGCCCCCGCCCCCGCCGCCAACCCGCCGCCGGCCAACCCGCCGCCGCCGCAGCAGCACAUGCCGGCGGCCGCUGCUGUGCCCCUGCUGCCAGCUGCACCCCUGACCACCACCACCACCACCACCACCACCACCACCGCCACCGCCACCAGCAGCGCCAGCCGCGACGUGCUUGUCGCCGCCAUCGCCAUGUCGGAGCGCCACCUGCCAGCCCACAUGCCCGCCACCGCCCUGGCCGAGACCGGCCCCCGCGAGACCGUGCACCGCAUCACCGCCGAUGACGGCACCGGCGCCAUCCUCCGCAAGGUGGAGAAGGUCUUCACGGCCGCCGCCCACUUCGGCGGCGCGGUGGCCUGCAAGAGCGCGCGGUUCGUGGUGUCGGCGGCCAGCGUGGUGCAGCUGGCCAAGGGCUGCUGCUCGGUGCAGCGGGUGGUGGGCGGGGAGGCGAAGGAGGUGCUGCGUGAGGUUCGCUUCGCCGCACUGCUGCGUAACGACUUCGCCGCCGGCGCCAAGCAGCGCCUGCCGGCGCUACUGGGCUGGGACGUGGAGGAGGUGUGCGCGGCUGCCGGCACCUACAACUUCCUGACCUACUGGGAGUGGGCGGAGCACGGUUCGGCCGCGCAGUACCUGUGGGAGGCCAUGUUGUCGGCGCCGGAGCCGGCUGACGGCAGCCACUACCGCAAGAUGCUGGACGUGCUGUUCCAGGUGGUGGAUCACAUUGAGCAGCUGGGCCGCAACGGCCGGGUGCUGGGCGACCUCAAGCAUGACAACCUGCUCGUGAACGCACAGGGCGACGUGCUCCUGAGCGACCUGGACGGCGCCGGCUUUCAUCUCGACACCACUCUGGCGCCCGUGCAGGCGGAGGCCGCCGCCGCCGCGGCCGCCGCCGCCGCCGCCUGCGCCGACCCCAGCCCCGCCGCCAAGGCCGCCGCCGCCGCCGCCGCCGAGGCCGCCGUCUUCGCCGCGCGGCUCGGCACGGUGCCGGUGCCCUCGCAGCCCUACAUGGCGACUUGGGCCUACGCCGCGCCCGAGAUGUUUGUGGGGCAGGUCCUGGGGGAGCUGCUGCUGAACAAGAGCCUGGCUGUGGUGGCGGCGGAGGCCAAGGCCGCGGGCCACGACGGCGCGGUGGCGCUGGUGUCACGGCUCUACCGCGAGUGCCCCGCCGCGGGCGGCUCCAGCAGCAGCUCCAAGGCGGCGCAGGUUGCGUGGUUGCGGCGCAUGAACGGCGGGCGCGACGGCAUGUGCGGUGCCAGUCACCUGUACCUGCUGGCGUCAAGCACGACCGACAUGGUGGGGCAGAUGGAGACGAAGCUGCAGCAGCGGCUGCAGCGGCUGCAGCGGCUGCAGCAGCAGGAGCAGCAGCUGCUGCAGCAGGGGCAGCAGGGGGACGCGGCGGCGGCGGACGAGGCCGGCCGGCGGGCCAAGCUGGUGGGUGAGGGGCUGGUGUUCCUGGCGGCGCUGCGCGCCGCGAUGCGGCCGCUGAUGGCGGCGGCGCCCGAGGCGCGGCCCAGCACGCGGCAGGUGCGCGCGGCGCUGGCGCAGCUGCAGACGGACUGGUGCUAGACGACAGCUAGCUAGGCAGCUAGGCAGAUGCUGGGCAGCUGGGCAGUUGGGCGCUGGUAUGCAGCGAUUGUAAACAGCCUGCAUGCAGUGGUACGGUAGUGUGACUGCGGGCUGAGUGAGGGAGUGCGUGGCUGCGGGACAGUCAUGCAUGUCGAUCAGUAGCGCGGCAAGGACAGUAGGUUCCGUGAUGACGUAUCAGUGCGUGCUGGGGUAUGUGGUUGGUUGGGUAGGGUGCGCUGGAAUCAAAGCGCGCAAGUAAGGGUUGAUUGGCCUGCAUGCUGCUGUGAAAGAGUAAGGCAGCAGGUAAGAACAGUAGUUGUGCUCACGGCCUCCCGUGUGCGUGUUUAUUUGGAGUUUGCAUUGUGGGCGAAACAGCGAGCGGAGCGCGCGCGAACGGCCUUAAGUUUAUGUUUCACGUUUGUCUUUGAGACUUUGAGCUUGACUUUUGGGAUGGGACGCGGCUUGUGCCAUGCGGGUAAGUGCCCCCGCACUGCUGGCAUAUUGUGGUCAGCAGAGAGAUGGCAUGAACAGGCAAGUAAGAGCGAGGAAGAGCUGGUAAAGGGUAUUGCUGCCAAGCAUACCUUGCAUGCAAAGGUGUAAAGUAUGACACUGCUGAAGUAGCUAGGCUGUAGACUAUAGCAGGCCCUGGGGGAGGUGUAUGGCGACAUCCCGCCCUGUGUAGAAGGCCGAAAGCCCACUGCUGCACCCGGGCAGUCUUGUAACGUGGUAGGUGACGGCUGCGAACCUAAGUGAAUACAGUGCCACUCAGCAGGGCCCCGCCCGGUAUCGGCGGGGUGCACAAGGCAGCAGUAGAGACGUCAUAACCCGUGCGUGGAUAUGGCGAGAAGUCCCUGGAGUCCGUCCUCCUUACUUGAGCCAAUCUAUCACCGUCAACGCUAGAGACGAUAGAGUUGUCAUGCAGACGAACCCAUGCAGACGACGGCACACGCUCGGGUUUGAGGCAUUCGGAGCGCUGAGCAGGCCGUCUCUGGAUUGACCCAGAUUGAUGGCAGUGCCUGAUGAAUAGCGAUAGCGAGUGGUUGGGAGUGUGUGAUGGGCAGCGUGUGUGUGCAGAGUAUGGAGGACAGGUUGCUACAUGCAUACUGCUGUCCUCUCCAGCCGUCCGGCCUACAGGUAUGUUGACGUAGCGAGAUGGGUUGAUCCUGUUUCAGCGCGAGUCCCAAGACACCGUCAUGAGUGGUCCUCUGUUCUAGGCGCAAACUCAACACAUGGCUUCGGCGUGUGGGGACGCGGCGUUGGCGAGAGCUACGGAUGGCCCUAGUGCCG